UUCUUCCUUCUGUCUCCCCAGAAAGUUUGCACAAAGUGUGGCAUAGAAACGCCGGGGGGUCCCCACAAACGGCCCAUUUGGUUCUGUAAGAUCUGCAGUGAGCAGAGAGAGGUCUGGAAGCGAUCCGGAGCCUGGUUCUUCAAAGGCCUCCCUAAAUGCAUCCCGCCAUUAAAAGAGACCAGUGCCGGCAAAGCCAAGGAAAUCCGCCUUCGGCCCCCUCCUUCUCGUCUGGAACCAUCAUCCCUGGAGCUCCGGGGCAGCAGGAUGGAUCACACCUAUACCUGGGCCAGGGGAAAAGUUGUCUCCAGUGACAGCGACAGUGAUUCUGAGAUCAGCUCCUCCAGUUUUGAUGAUCGGUCCUUGUCCGUGGGAUCAAAGGGUUUCCAGAUCAGGAAGCACCCAGCAGACUCCAUUUCCAGCGGCGAGGCUGCCCGGUUGCCAAGCGGGAGCACCGGUCGGACUUUGGGAAGCACCAAAUCCGAAAGCCAAAGCAGUCUGGGCAGUGAGCGAUACAGUGCCCCGGAAGGCUACCAGAGUGACCGUGAAGACAGCGAUACCGUCCGAAGCGCUCCUGCGAGAAGACGCGUCUUAAAAUGUCGCUGGCGAUGACGGAUCUCCAAAGCCUGUUGCCGCCUUCACCCUUACUCGCCUUCUGCGUCAGACUCAAGACGGGCGUUCAACCGAGGACUCGGAGGAAGAAUUGCAGACCGUUGCCCUCAUGGCGACAACAACCCUAGUGCUUGGUUGCUCCUCUGCCUUUCGCGGUUGCCAGCGGAUCGGUGAUUUUUGACACCCAGGAACAGCCGAAAAAAAGGGGGUCUUAAAAAUUCUUGCAAUUGGAUUUUUCCAGCCGGGGUGUGGAAAGAAAUGUGGAUUUACCCCACAGAGGGAGAUUUCCUCUUAUGUUCCCCCCAAGAUAUUUAUUUUUCUUUGAAAAUGGCGUGGAAGAGAGAUUUGGAAUAUCGCCUCACCUCUGCACACUCACAAAAUUGCCAGCCUGAUUUUUGUCCCGGGUAACAAGGUGGAUUUUUUGUGUGUGUGUGUCGGUUCCUCUGCAGGGCAGGGAGGGAGGGUUGAAGAUGGACGGACCCACAAACACACCUGUGACGGAGAGGAUGAGGAAAGGCAGGUGUUCCUCACUAGGAGAUCGGUGGGAUCUAGAACAUCUGGCAGGAAGAGAGAGGAGGGGGAGGUCCGUUCGGGGCCUAGAAUGGGGAAAAUCUGGAUUUCAGAAAUAAUUCAGCCGCUGGAUUGUGUUUGAUUUCUGCAAAUUAGGCUCUGUUGGUCAAAAAUGGUGGAAGUAGAACUUUUCCUUUAAAAUAGGGGUGGACUUCAACUCCCAGAAUUCCCCAGCCAGUCAUACUGGGGUUGUGAUUUGGGGAAUUGUGGGGAUUAUGGCUGGGAGAACGAUGGGAAGCCAUACUGGAGUUAGCCAUAAGGAGUGGUGCGGUGGCACUAGGAGGUGGAGCUCCCCAACUCACAAACCGGAGGCUGUGCGUUCAAUCCUGGGCGGAGGCAGAUAUAUUUCUCUCUCUCUCGGCACAUUUGAGUAUAUAUCUGCUGGACAAAACUCUGCAUUGGUGACAGGAAGGGCAUCCGGCCAGUAAAUACUCUGCUAGCUGUAUUCGGUUGCCCAGGCUCCACCCCACAAGGGAUUGUGGGGUCGUUAAAUGAGGAUGAGGAUGAUAAUGAUACUGGAGAUAGCCAUGCAUUCAACUCCCACGUUUCCUCAUACUGGCUGGGGAAUUCUGGGCGUUGAAAUCCACCCCUUUUAUAACGGCUCAGGUUGAGAAAUUCUGUUUUAAUUAUGAUGGAUCCCCGAGAAUUUCACCCUUUCUUUGUUUUAAAUCCUUGUUGUUGCACUGGAGGUCUCUUCAAACUCCUCCCUGCAUAUCUUAUGUUGUAAUCUUGUCGGUUUCCUAUAAAGUAUUUUUUAUUAUAUGGAGGUUUGCUCUCAGGAUGGUCCUUACAUCGAAUAGCUGAGAUUGGCUAUAAUUGAACCGGGUGGGAUGGUAUUUUCAGGCAAGACUCACUGGCCAGGUCUAAGCACCCCGAGGGCAGGAUCCAGCCCACAGGCCUUGAGUUUGACACCCCUACUGUAUAGAACCGGGAUGGCGAACCUAUGGCAUUGCCAUCGCCCCAGAUCAGCUCCACUGCAUACGCGCACGCCUGUCUCCCGCUGGCCAGCUGGUCUUCAGGUCUGUGCCAUGCACGCGCAGGGGCGGGGUGUGAACGGGGGUCAUGCACACAGGCAUGGGGGGUGGGGGCACACAUACAGGGAGUCAUGUGCGUGUCAACUAAAACGUUUUGUGUACACGUUGUAUAGUCGACAACAGAAAGAGGAGGAGGGAAUUUCAAAGAGAAGAUGGCAGUGUGGAAUCGAAAGCACAUUCCAUUCAUAUUUUCUUUAAAGACUGAUCAGAUGACUUGAAGCAUCUGCCGCUCAAAAAUCUAA